AUAAAUAAAUAAAUAAACAUAUUAAUGGUUUUUUAAAAAAAAAGGAAAAAAAAAUUUUAUCUGUGGUAAACAUUGCCAAACCCUUGUAUGAUUUAGAUACGAAAUGAAAGAGCGUGUACUUUUUAUUUUAAAAAAUAACGUCAGCGAUAUUGUGCAUCGGUGUCGAAUGAAUUUAAUAGAUUAAAUUUAAAAAUGAAAAAAAGGUAUCAAAGGACCGAGAGCUAGAUGUCGAUAAUUUUAUCAUAAAAAAAAAAUGAGAAAAAAUUGGAUUAUGAUUAAAAAAAAUUAAAAUGUGGCUGGGUAACAUUUAGAACCUCGACAAAAAAAAAUCGAGGAAACGUUUUUUUUUUUUUUAAUUUUUUUUCAAGAGGAUUUUGUGUCAGUUGAUGGGAUUAAUUUUCAAGGACAUGUCAUCAAAGGAAUCAUUUAUCCAGGCAGAGAUCAAGAUGACAAUUGAUGAUCCAUUACGAAAAGUAAUUUUUGAGGUUGGCUGGCCAGGUGACACAUGGAAAUACAUUGUUGAUAGAAAAAUAUUUGCUGAAAAAUCUGAAUGGUUACGUGCAAGAUUAAUUGGACCAUGGUCACCACCACCAAGUGAUCCACCACCAAUAAUAAUACUUGAUCAACUUGAUAAACGUGGUUAUGAUUAUUUAUUUAAAUUUUUUAAUGGUGAAAAAAUUAUAUUUUCAUCAGUAACAACAGCACGUGCAACACUUGAUGCAGCACAUUAUUGUUUAUGUCCAGAAGUUGCUAAAAUAUCAUCUGAUUAUUUAAUUAAAAAUUUAACAUCAUCAACUGUACUUGAAGUUUAUCAUGGAUUAAAUUUUUAUACAAUUGAUAAUGAUUAUAACAAUCAAAAUAAUACAAAUUUAUUAUCAUCACCAACUGAUGAUUUACGAGAAAUUGCUGUUGCAUGUACAACAUUACUUGCAGCAUGUUUAACUGUUAUUGAUUUAAAUCCUGAUGAUGUAUUGAGUCAAGAAAAAUUUGAAGAGUUAACUGCACAAGAAGUUGUUAAUUUAUCAUCACGUGAUGAGCUAAGAUUAACAAAAGAAAGUAUAUUAUUUAAUGCACUUGAUAAAUGGUCAGGUGCUGAAUGUCGAAGAAAUGGUAUUGAACCAACACCAUUUAAUAAACGUUCUGUAUUAUCUGAUGACACAUGGUUUAGUGUUAGAUAUUUAUUAAUGAGUGAUAAAGAAUUUAUACAGGGACCAAUGACAAGUGGUAUAUUAUCAAGUUGUGAAUCAGCAGCAAUUGUUGCUAAAAUACUUGGUCAUAAUAAAAAUCAUCAAAAUGAAAUGUUGAAAAAUCAAUCAGGUAUCAUCAGACUGUCAUUAAUGCCAAGAAAACGUAAAUCUCCAGUUAAAUAUAAAUAUUGUAUGAAACCUGGUAAAAAAGAACGUGAUGAUAAUAAAAAAAACAGACGAAAAGAGUGUGCUAGUCAGGGACAACGUGCAUGUGCACGUGUUGGAGACAUUAUUAUUCGUGUUCUUGCCUGUGUUUUUGAUUGAUCAAACAAAUCAUCAUCAUCA